GAAUUGCAAAACAAGUUCAACAGGAUAGACAAUUGCCUGUUCAUCUCACAACAUGUUACGUGAAUAGAUUUGUAUUUGGUUUGAUGUGUCGUUACACAUUCUUCUCUAUGGAAAUCAUCUCUUCUAUGCAUGGGAAUCUUCUCUUUUUCUGUAUGGAAAUGAUCUCUUUUUCAUGAAGUCGAAUAGACAUUCAAAUGCUCAUUUAGGUUGAAGACUACCUGCUUCCAUCGGGAUUUGAUCACAAUGGUAUUGUUGGAUCUCAUUACUGUAACUUAUCUUGCCAAUUACAUCCCAUUCAGAAGUGAGUGGAAAGAGUAAAUAGCUUUAUUCUUGCAUGAGGGAUCUUGGCUUAACAGCACAUCACCAUAUAUCACCAUUAAGCUUUUUUCCUUUUAUGCAUUGAAAUUGAUGUAUUUAUUUCUGCCUUUUUGCAUCAAACUUGCUUUUCCCAGUUUUCGAAGUGAUUUGGAACUAAACUGAGUCUAUCAGUGAUGUUAACUGUAAAGAGAAAAGUAAAUUUCCUGUAUAAUGGACAUAUUCUUUAUCUAUUCAUCUACCCAUAUGGAGUAUAAUUGUUUUAUUUUUGUUAUAGACUCAUAUAACAUAUAACUGACUCAGUUGAUGAAUUCCGCAAGAGAAUCUUGCUUGUAUUAAGUGUUGUUUUAAUCUCAGUAUAAUAAACACUGAUGUUUCUUCAUUACAUCAUUGUGAUGAUGAACCCAUCACGUUGUUCAGUUCCACUGUGGUUUGUACGUAUGACAGUGAGGGAUCGUGAGAUUACAGGAAACACUUGGACCGGGAAUCAUCAGUGAUUGCUGGGUGCCGCAUUCCUCGCUAUUGGACUUUGGGCAUGGGCAGAAAAGGCAAUGCUGUCAAACAUUUCCUCCAUCACAGAUCUGGGCGGUUUCGACCCUGUAUGGCUCUUCAUCGUGGUAGGGGGGGUAAUGUUCAUCCUAGGAUUUGCCGGAUGCAUCGGCGCGCUCCGGGAAAACACGUUCCUGCUCAAAUUUUUCUCAGUGUUUCUGGGGCUCAUCUUUUUCCUAGAGCUCACAGCUGGCAUUUUAGCGUUUGUGUUUAAAGACUGGAUCAAAGACCAGCUGAACUUCUUCAUCAACAACAAUGUUAAAGCCUAUAGGGAUGACAUUGAUCUCCAGAACCUCAUUGACUUCGCUCAAGAAUACUGGUCGUGCUGUGGUGCACAUGGGCCGAACGACUGGAACAUGAACAUCUAUUUCAACUGCACCGACUUAAACCCCAGCCGGGAGAAAUGUGGCGUUCCUUUUUCCUGUUGCGUCAAAGACCCUGCGGAGGAUGUCCUGAAUACACAGUGCGGCUAUGAUGUCCGGCUUCAAGGGGAGCUGGACCAGCAGAGGUACAUUUAUACCAAGGGCUGCGUGGGGCAGUUCGAAAAGUGGCUUCAGGACAAUCUGAUCAUUGUGGCUGGGAUUUUCGUGGGUAUCGCGUUGUUACAGAUUUUUGGGAUAUGUCUGGCUCAGAACCUUGUGAGUGACAUCAGAGCGGUGAAAGCUGACUGGUGACCCUUUGCAGGGGACUAGAGGAGACUUCUUGAGAUCAUGGCAGAGAGCUAAAUGCAAAGGAGCACUGUUUACAUGCCACAGAGCCGGGACGAGUCUGCCCUCCUAACCCUGUGGACGUUUAAUGUAAACUGACUGUACAAAAUGGACUCUCCAUCUAUAAUUAUUUUCUCUUUGUGGUUUCUUUCAUGAAAACAAGCUCUUACAGACGCUUCCCAGGAGGAGUCGAGAAGACGUGCUCAGAUCAAGCUGUGAUCUCAAAACGCUAGUUCACCGUCUCUUUUUUAAUGUUAAGCGGAUGAUGUUUUCAUUGACCUGUGGACGACUUGCAUAUGGAGAACAAUCUAAAACAACCACUGAGACUUCAAACAGAGAAGCCAUGAGCUAAACAAAGCCUUACUGCAGCGUGGCUGGGUUCAGCUUUUUACACGGCCUUCUGUCCGUCGGUCAUACGAGAUGAUGGGCAGUCGGACUCUUACCUCUGAUUGGCCCUCUGUUGGGCAGGGGCAGCCAAUCAGAACGAUGUACUUGAUAAUUACACGUAAUGCUUUUUUUUUUUUUUAGUUCUACCACUACUGUUGGGGAGGUGGAGUUUUCUUUGUCUGUACAGCAACGCUUUGGUCGCUUCCCCUCGUUGCUUUUUGGUUGGUUGUAGCAGAUUAAUCGCUGUCCCAGACUCACUUCACAUUGCUAGAUUAUAAUGAAAUGCUAUAGUGACACGAAACAAUGUAUUAUUAUGAAUAUGAUGCUGCUUUAAGUCCUAGAAAAUAUACAUCGCUAUACUAACCAACUGAACUUUCUAUGGAAAUCAUUAGAGAUGUACAUUUCAUUUGGGGAAAUACACUUAAUAUCACGUACAAACGCACAGAUUGCUUUGCAGAAUGACUCAUGAGAUCAACAGAUUUAAUCAGUUGCGCAUAUGAUCAUAGAGGUGAUAGAAAAAGCUUAUGGCAGUAACACUGCACAUGUUCACCCAACUGGCCUUUAGACAUUUUAUUCUUCACUCACAUUCUCUCUCUCACUCUUGUCUAACUCUCUGCAUGCUAUCAUCCAUUAAAAAUGCAUGAUAAUGCAGACCUCCUUAUACACACGAGCACACACACAUGCCCAUAUGUGUGAUUGCCAUACCAGUUAGUUUUCACCUUGCCGUGUUAAUCGGCUACAUUCAGAAAGUCUAUAGUAUAUUGAGCCAUGACCCUACAAAUAAUGUAAAAAAGAAUGAUGAUACACAACAGAUGUUCUGUAUUUCGAGACUGAUCUGAUACAGACCUGAUUGAAAAGCUCAGUUGUAAUCUGUGAUAUUGUGAAAAGUUAAAUGUGAGAUUUCUCUUCUGUGGUCUUUCGUGGGAGAGCUGGGUUGGGCGGGUGGUGCCUGCUGACACUUCCUGCCUGUGUAUAUAAGAAACAAAUCUAUUAUGCAGAGAACACACAUUGAUGCUUGUUUUUCGUUUUUUUACCCCAAAUUAUCCUUUGUUGGGCACAUUGUUUAACCCCAAAUCACAAAAAAGAUGAAUUUUGUUUGAAGAACAUGAAGUCAGUUUAAGGAUAGUAAAAUGAAUGAAUGAAAAAAUAUUUGAUAAAUAUGAACAUUCGAGCAAUGUAUGAGAAGCUGUGCUAUAUUGAGAAUAUAAUCAUGGUUAAAGGGCAUUCUAGGGCACAACGUGAAGUAAAAUUAUGAAAUUGAAUUUAAUUAUAAAAGGAUUCUUCUGUUAGAGGUUAUAGUCCUUGACAAGUUAACAGAUCAUUGCAACUACAAAUAGUGGCUCAGAGAAGAGAUUAUAGUUGUUUGUGUUUUAUAAUAUGACUAUUCAUUUUGACCAAGUUAGAUAUUGAUACAUCAGAGUAGGUUUGGUUGAAAUUAAAAUCACUAUUCACCAUUGAGCACAGAACACCAGAAAAAUAAUUCAGCAAAAUGUCCUAAAAUGGCUUCAUUUUCAUUAUGCACAUUUAUUUGGACUUUGGAAUUGUGACCUGGGACCUGUUUUUGUGAGGUUCGGUUAACAAUGGGAUCAUGUUUUUGUCAUUCAAUUGCCUUUUUUUGUACAUAUUUGUUUUCCAAACAAAGGACCUUAAUGUUCCCUUUGCCAGACCUCUUGCAUACCAUGAAUGUAAAGAUCAUCUUUCAACUCUAUAUAAUCAUAUGAUUUACCUUUCUAAGUGCAAUGGACACACUGAAUAACAUUAAUGUUUGUCGGACAGAAGGCACACAACUGAAAAAGCAUAGUUCUGUCUUAGUGUAGUGAAUUAGACGUUCCUUGUGCAUGCAUUGGCAGAUUUAUUAUGAACUGCAUUGUGCAGUUUUUGUGUGCUGGUUCAUCAAAACAGCUUUGACGAUGGAUGGUGAUAAAACUAGUCAGCCUUUUGUGCUGACCGUGUUCUGUACCAGCUGGUCGUUUUUACAUUAGAAUCAUUUCAGAUGUUUCUCUUUAAGCACAGAUAUAUCCGAGUUAAAGCUGUCUACAUUUAACAGUUGUACAGAACUUUCCGAGGUUAAUUCUGUCUGGAUGGUGAACGUUUUGUGAUUGGUCAAUGCACAUCAAAAAUUUUUUUUAAGAUUACAAGAUGUAGUCUUAAUCUUUAGCUGAGCACUAUGCUUGACAUGACACUUGUCACUUUUACACGCUUGGAAAUAUGAAUUGCGAAAGCCUUUAAGAUGUUCUUUUGUUUUGUUUACAUUCCCUUACUAGUUAUCAAAGUGUCUUCACAGAAAUCUUUGGAUUCUACCUCAUCGUGGAGAAAUGAUUUAUAUGGCGAUUAUUACGGGAGUCAUAACUCCGGUGCAGCCGUUGUGAACAUUAACAGUGAUGUAAACCACACUAAGUAUCUUUAAUACAGAGCCGAUCUCAGUUUGAUUUUUAGUUGCUGGCUUAAGUAUGUUGUGAAGAAGAAAUACAGUCACAGAAUGCAAAAAAAUAAAUAAAGUGACUCUUUCUAAGGUUACAGUGUGUUUUUAUUAUGGAUUGUUUGUUAAAGCUAUUGUAGUCCUAUGAUGGACGGCAAUAUUCCUGGACUCUAGUCUUUGCAAACAAGCAGCUCUCAGCUGUUAUCAGAUGUCCUGUCAAGUUGAGGACUUGUUUAUCGAUGUGGCAUUUAUUAUCCAUCAACAUCACAUUAAAAUAACCCAACAUACCCUCUUAAACUGGAAAAUGAAUAUGGCACUUGUAAACCAAAAGCAUUUCUUCAGCUCUUCAUUACAUGACUGUACUAACCUGACUCACAUCGUGAGGGAUGUUCUCUCUAUAAACCAGUCGUCACAAGAUCACACAUCGUGUUUGGUAACAUCCUAGCAAUGCCACUGUUUUCUGUAGUCUUUUUUUAAUUUUAAUGUUCAGUUUUUGGGGAGCGUACACAAAUUGACUUUUCUUGUGGGAGAUGGUCUGUUACACUGUAAACUACGUUACAUGAUAUUUCAAGCUUUUCUUUUUCAUAAUAAAAUUGAAUUACGACCUUC